CCGUCCUCUCGCGCCUAAUUCAGGUGUCUGGCUGUGCGGUGUCUUCCCGUUUCUCGCCAAUGCUGCCGUCUCUUCCUGGAUGAAGACGGCGUCGGGUCGCGUUGGUGGGCUCUGAGGAGUCCAGCUGUGGAAUUCGGAAUCGAGUGAAUUUGCUGAUACUUGAAUACAGGACCCAAGGGUAUUUGGAGAGGGCCUCGUCCAGAGAAGCUUUACAGACUGUAAAAAAUGAGUCCUGCAGAUCCACACGACGAUGAAAACACAUUUAAAAUUUUAGUUGCAACCGAUAUUCAUCUUGGAUUUAUGGAGAAAGAUGCAGUCAGAGGAAAUGAUACAUUUGUUACGCUGGAUGAAAUUUUAAGACUUGCCCAGGAAAAUGAAGUAGAUUUUAUUUUGUUAGGUGGUGAUCUUUUCCAUGAAAAUAAGCCUUCAAGAAAAACACUGCACACCUGCCUGGAGUUACUGAGAAAAUACUGCAUGGGAGACCGACCUGUACAGUUUGAAAUCAUCAGCGACCAGUCAGUCAACUUUGGUUUUAGUAAGUUUCCAUGGGCGAACUACCAGGAUGGCAAUCUCAACAUAUCAAUUCCAGUGUUUAGUAUCCAUGGCAAUCAUGAUGAUCCCACAGGGGCAGAUGCCCUCUGUGCCUUGGAUAUUCUGAGCUGUGCUGGAUUUGUAAACCACUUUGGAAGGUCGAUGUCUGUUGAGAAGAUAGAUAUUAGUCCAAUUCUGCUUCAGAAAGGAAGCACAAAAAUUGCUCUAUAUGGCUUAGGAUCCAUUCCAGAUGAAAGGCUCUAUCGAAUGUUUGUCAAUAAAAAAGUAACCAUGUUGAGACCAAAGGAAGAUGAGAACUCUUGGUUUAACUUAUUUGUAAUUCAUCAGAACAGGAGUAAACAUGGAAAUACUAACUUCAUUCCUGAACAGUUUUUGGAUGACUUCAUUGAUCUCGUUAUCUGGGGCCAUGAACAUGAGUGUAAAAUAGGUCCGACCAAAAAUGAGCAGCAACUCUUUUAUAUAUCUCAGCCUGGAAGCUCAGUGGUGACUUCUCUGUCCCCAGGAGAAGCUGUGAAGAAACAUGUGGGUUUGCUGCGGGUUAAAGGGAGGAAGAUGAACAUGGAGAAGAUUCCUCUUUGCACAGUGAGGCAGUUCAUCAUGGAUGAUGUUAUUCUGGCGAACCAUCCACAAAUCUUUAACCCAGACAAUCCAAAAGUAACUCAAGCCAUACAGAGCUUCUGUUUGGAGAAGAUUGAAGAAAUGCUUGAAAGCGCUGAACGGGAGCGGAUAGGAAAUUCUCGACAGCCAGAGAAGCCUCUUAUACGACUGCGAGUUGACUACAGUGGAGGUUUUGAACCUUUCAAUGUUCUUCGCUUUAGCCAGAAAUUUGUGGAUCGGGUGGCUAAUCCCAAAGAUGUUAUCCAUUUCUUCAGGCAUAGAGAACAAAAGGUAAAAACAGGAGAAGAGAUUGACUUUGGAAAACUCAUCCCGAAACCACAUUCAGAAGGAGCCACUCUCAGGGUAGAAGAUCUUGUCAAACAGUAUUUCCAGACUGCAGAGAAGAAUGUUCAGCUCUCUUUGCUAACUGAAAGAGGAAUGGGGGAGGCAGUACAAGAAUUUGUGGACAAGGAAGAGAAAGAUGCCAUUGAAGAAUUAGUGAAGUACCAGUUGGAAAAAACACAGCGAUUUCUUAAGGAACGUCAUAUUGAUGCCCUAGAAGACAAAAUCGAUGAAGAGGUUCGUCGUUUCAGAGAAAGCAGACAGAAAAAUACUAAUGAAGAAGAUGAUGAAGUUCGAGAGGCCAUGAAUCGGGCCCGAGCCCUCAGAUCUCAGUCUGAGAACUCUGCCUUCAAUACUGAUGACUCCAUGAGCAUAGACCUAGAGGAACCAACGGCUGGUGACUCUGAUGACAGCCUCUCGGCAGCUCCCAGCAGAGGAAGAGGCCGGGGCCGGGGCCGGGGCCAGGGCCGAAGAGGAGGCAGAGGGCAGAGUUCUGUCUCACGAGGAGGAUCUCAGAGGGGCAGAGGUGCUGGUCUGGACACCUCAACUCGAAGCAAGAACUCAAAGGCCAUCGGGUCAACAUCAAGAAAUAUGUCCAUUAUAGAUGCUUUCAGAUCUACCAGACAGCAGCCCUCCAGAAAUGUUGCUACUAAGAAUUAUUCAGAGGUGAUUGAGGUGGAUGAAUCCGAUAUGGAAGAUGAUAUUUUUCCUACCAGUUUGAAGACUGAUCAAAGGUGGUCAGGCACAUCAUCUAGCAAGCGCAUGUCCCAGAGCCAGACAGCCAAAGGGGUGGAUUUUGAGUCUGAUGAGGAUGAUGAUGAUGACCCUUUCAUGAGCGUUAGUUCUUUAAGAAGAAAUCUGAGGUAAUUUUUUAAUGGACUUACAAAUUUUCAAGAUGCAGGAACAGAAAUCAAAACAUUUCAAGCUGACUUUGUACUUGAAGAUGCUUUAACUGAAAACCUUGAAGUAAUCAACAGAGAAACUAGUUGAUAUUUUUAAGCAUUAUUUCCUGAACAUGACUCCAUUCAGAAGCUAGCUCCAGGACAUAAAAAUAAUAUUGGUUCUCCUUAUUUUUCAAUCUGGUUGUUACUAUUGUCUGGGGUGUUGUAUAAAAUUUGGAAUGCUAUCUUCCUGGCACAGUAGUGUAUUUCCUACUGAGUUAAGUGUUUUGCUUAAAUAUUGGUCAUGAGUGAGUAUUAAAAGAAACCCAUUACGAUACA